UGCUGAGAAAGGGGAGGGGGAAAAAAACAUUGCUGUUUUUAUUAUUAUUAUUAUUUUUAUUUCGUGAUGAGCAUUUUACCACAAUUUAAACUGUACGUUUUUAUGCAUGCACGAUCUAUGAUCCUUCCGAAUCAUUUUAGAGGCUUCUCAGAAUGCUGAUGGGGAUUUGACUGUUUUGCAGCAUCAAAUGCAUGAUUUUGUCGGCUCUCGUCGGGCAUCUGGUUGACUUCCAAGCACCUUCAUCAAUCUGAGCAGUAGGAAGUCACCAUGCUGACCACUAUCACAGAAGGAAUACUUUGCUGCCUAACUGGAAAGGCCGCUCGUCUUGUUUUGCCGUUGGAGUCCACGGUGCCUUCCGAUGGUUUUGAGUUUGUGGAGGUGAAACCCGGACGAGUCCUGCGAGUGCGUCACAUCAUCCCCGAGCGUCAGCCUGUCGAAAGCGACGAUCACAUCGCGGCCCAGGAGCAGAAAGACGCUGAUCACGACGUGCCUAAAAAUGACACCGACACGGGCAGCGGUGUCCACUGCAAGAGGAAGAUCACGGUGUAUCGCAACGGCCAGCUGGUGAUUGAGAAUCUUGGCGAUGUUUUGCACUCUGAGAUUCUUCAGUGUCAGGAUGGCGAUCUGGAGCCGUGCAGUACCGUCGAGGUGGAGCUGGCUGACUACAAAGAAUUGGCCUCUUCUCCGGAUCCCAACCCCGUGCCCCCUCCUGUUCUUCCUCCACCUGGUGAGCAAAAGCCCGCCCCGCCUCCUCGCCGCCGACGCCGGAAGCCCAAGCGCACCGUGCUGAUCGACUCCAAGAGGGUGAUCUCAAGCUGCAAGGGGACGCAUUCGGAUGUGGCGCUGUUCUUUGUGCACGGUGUCGGAGGCUCGUUGGACAUAUGGAGCAGCCAACUGGACUUCUUCUCGAGGCUGGGCUAUGAGGUUAUCGCGCCGGAUCUGGCGGGGCACGGAGCCAGCACGGCCCCACAGAUUGCAGCGGCGUAUACUUUUUACGCCCUGGCGGAGGACCUGCGCGCCAUCUUCAAGAGAUAUGCUCGUAAACGCAACAUUCUAAUUGGCCACUCUUAUGGGGUGUCGUUCUGCACAUUCCUGGCCCACGAAUAUCCUGACCUGGUCCACAAAGUGGUUAUGAUCAAUGGAGGUGGUCCCACCGCCUUGGAGCCCAGCCUCUGUUCCAUCUUCCAACUGCCGUCGUGCGUCCUCCAUUGUCUCUCCCCAUGCUUGGCCUGGAGUUUCCUCAAAGCUGGAUUUGCCCAUCAGGGUGCCAAAGAGAAGCAGCUGUUGAAACAGGGCAACGCCUUCAACGUGUCUCCAUUCGUACUGCGCGCCAUGAUGAGCGGCCAAUACUGGCCUGAGGGCGAUGAGGUCUACCAUGCUGAGCUCACAGUACCCAUCCUUCUGGUUCACGGCAUGUGUGACAAGUUUGUACCGAUGGAUGAAGACCAACGCAUGGCAGAGAUCCUCCUAUUUGCUUUCCUAAAAGUCAUCGAGGAAGGAAGUCACAUGGUAAUGAUGGAGUGUCCCGACACUGUCAACACCCUCCUUCACGAGUUCUUUCUAUGGGAGCCCGAUGUGUCCAAAAAAGUCUGCAGCAAGACAGACAGCGAGAAGUGCGUCGCAUUCAGUGACGCUCUCCACACGCUGAGAAUCAGCAAGACCGCAGACAAAUAACCGACAAGGAUUCGGGGGCGGGGGGUUCUUGUCAAGAAAUUAGGCAGACGGCCCUUUUUGUGGCUGUUGUCAAGAUGUUCUUCAGGCUGAUUCUGGGCUGAGAGCUGUUACAUAAAAAGGCCACGUCUCAAGGAUGAGGGCGGCCGCUGGUGCUCGAAGAUAAAGCUGGAAUACUGGCACACAGCCAAGCCAGGGAACAAUGGAUGGGCAUAAAAGAUGAGAGGAACUGAUGCAAAUACAAAGUCGUGCGUUUUUAUUUCGUCCUAUUUUUAUGCGCACAACUGGAGGUCAUGAAAGGGGGUGUGGUGUUUCUCGGAAAACAACGACAACGCGGGAAGUGUGUGAAUUUCCUUGCCUGCGUCUUUUAUAUUUGUGUAAAACGCUGCAGAUGCGAAUAUUUACACGUUCAAAAUUGGUCCAGUGGAAAUCCUGGAUGGACGGUUGUGGGACGCCAUAGAAAUUAUGCAAAGUUUCCCGAUAGUACGGACAUGCUGUAUAUUCAAUCUCAUAUACUGCACAUUGUAUUCUAUUUUUGACGAAGGUUCAACGAGCUGUUGCUGUUUAAAUUGGUCUCAUUUCCACAGAUUAUCCACAAAUCGCUGUCGGAUGGAAACCUUUGUCUAAAUUUGGUCAGAUUCAUAUUUUUGCAGAAAUGGAUACUCUUGGUCAGCCCCACAUGGGUCUGCUAUUUUUACAAGUUAACUAGUGUUCAAAAACAGGCGCGCUCUCUUGAACAAUACAAGUCAAAGAAAUAUGCAGGAAAAAAUGAUGGUUUUACGAGGAUUCCGCCCGGCAACCAAAAGACUGUGUGUCUAUAUGUUAUCGACCACAUAAUUGCAUGAAUAUCUAGAACAUGCUGUAUAUAAAGAAUAUAAGCAAAUGAAUUUCUUCAUUAUUUUAUAUUAUACAAUAUCCAAAGGAAAGUGUUGAGGCAUUUGUGUGUCUUACCCUGUGCAUUUUUCUGUCUCUCUCUGUAUCUGCAAUGAGAUAAUAUGUUGUUAAAUUCACUCCAUGUUUUUUCGUCAAGUGGUUGCAUGAAAAAAAAUCAUUUGGAUCCCGAUAUUUUUUUUUUACAGAGACGAUACAACUACUUAAAUUAAAUGAAUUUAGCACACCAAUAUUUUUUCAGUUUAUACAGCGAUGUCUUGAGAGCCAAGUGACCUGACUUAAGAGUGUUUCAAGAUACAAGCCGCCUUUUGGACGAUUUGCGGUGGCGCUGAACUUAAUUCAUUUAGCAUCAAGUAUCAAUUUGGCAGAUAGUAUACAAUUCGUCAAGAAAGAGACCUCAUGCCACUUAUUGCCACUCCCUGUUGAAUUCUACUGUCAAACUAAACGUAAAACAAAGAGUAUUACACUUAGUGCAUUUAACAAUCACAUAAACCGGAUAGCUUAAUGCUAACCUAUAAUGGGAAAUGCCAUAAAUGGGCUAACAAAAUGCAAUUAAGUGGCGGGUAUAUAACACUUUGCAUCAUGGAUACUUAAACUCAAAUGCUGCAUGCACACAUUUAAACAGGCAACAACAAUGACAUAUAUAACAAUAGUCACGGGCACACAUUCUUUAUCAUCUGCAAAACACGACUCAUGCAACUGGCAUUUACAGAAAGAAUGAAACUGUUAUUCCUUUGUGUCUGCGCGACUGUAUUUCAUUGCCCCUGGUGGCCGAACCGCACCUGCAGAAAGAGUUGUGAUGAUUUAGCAAAGCGCCAGAAACUGUCAUUCUUGAAAUUUGACUAAAUACUGUGAUUAUAAUUUGCUCUUAUAAAGUAAAAUGUUGCUACAUACAUUGCUAUUUUCCCUCAUGAAAAAACACGUUACAAAGAUGACUCGAGAUUCGAGCAUGGUCACGGAACAAAUGAAAUUCGUCUCUCAAGGCAUCACUGUGCUUCGGAAUUUCAUUCUGAAAUUCUACAAGCUGCUCUCAACACAAUCAUUUGCAAUCGUAACCACUCAUAUUUUUUUGCGGACUCAUGCAAACUCCCGUCCGCCCGCUUGAUGGCGAGAAGAAAGAAUGAGCUCAGCCUUUCGCUCACUCCGAGACAUUCAUUUAUGGGUGUUGACUUGUCUCAUAGUGGGACAGUAAAGUACAAGUUAAAGCACAGUCCCUUUUAUGAUCUCUGUUGACAGUGGGUUAUCACGGAUGGUGAAAUGGUGGUUUUGAAACUGGUUGUACAGUGCUUCAAAUCAAAUAGGAGUCAAGCAAAACAAAUUUGGCUUCUUUCGGAAAGAGGGAUUCGCAAUAUGCCAGUCUGUUAUACAGUACGGUGCAUUUGGAAACACAGUGGAUGCUACAAGAAUAGUUUUAUGCAACUUGAGCAAAGUGGAAAUGAGAGGAACUGAAAUGGAUGCCAAUACGUAUUAUUUAAUCCCUAAGGACCCCCCCCCCCUCUUCCAAACCAACAAUGCUACUGAUGUAAUGUCGUGUGCAAAAAGGCUAUUAUGAUGUUAAGGGUGAUUAAAACCAUAUGGACUACAGGGUGCACAUGUACUUCCUCCCCUGCUACAUGCGUGCAUACUCAUUGUCAGUGAUUCAGUGUGCUAUAUCUUCUUGUGAUUAACAAAAUGUGCUCAUGUUAUUAUUGCAUUUAUUCAUGGGGAUCAUAAGAUAUGCACUGCUUGAAUUUGGAUGCAUAUAACAACAUAUGCUGUAGUCAGUUCACACUGUUGGAGUCACACUGUAUGAAUGUGCCUUUUAUGGCAUGAAAUAAAACUGAUGUUCACAGUC